CCGACACGAGAUUUAGGGCGGAUGUUGAUGUUUUGCUCGGGACCGUCUCAAUGGUCGUUUCACAGCGCGGCUGUACGAUCUAUGUCAUCGCCGAUAUUUGCGUAACGUGUUCGAAAAGCAGUUUUUCUCGGCGCUUCUCUCGGGAAGCAUAGAGGCCGAGAGGAGAGGCGAUGAUGGAGGACUUUGAUGAGAUUUACGAGGAGGAGGAAGAAGAGGACGAGGACAGGGCCGCGGAGGAGCAGCUGCUCAAGUACGCUCCUGACCCGGUGGUCGUGCGCGGAUCCGGACACGUCACUGUGUUUGGACUCAGCAAUAAAUUUGAGACAGAGUUUCCCUCAGCCCUUACAGGAAAGGUAGCGCCAGAAGAAUUCAAAGCCAGCAUAAACCGUGUGAACGGCUGUCUGAAGAAAGCUCUCCCGGUGAAUGUGCGCUGGCUGUUGUGUGGCUGUCUGUGCUGUUGCUGUACUCUGGGCUUUAGUCUGUGGCCAGUCAUCUGUCUCAGCAAAAGGACAAGAAGGUCCUUAGAGAAGUUGUUGGAGUGGGAAAACAGCAGAUUGUAUCACAAGCUGUCUUUGCAUUGGAGACUCAGCAAAAGGAAGUGUGAAACCAACAACAUGAUGGAAUAUGUCAUUCUUAUAGAGUUUCUACCCAAGAUUCCCAUCUUCAGGCCGGAUUAGCAGUGGCAGGUCUGAAUUCAAGCCUCCAGCGUGGUCUUCCCAAGGUGCCUUUCUCCGGUACUGACACGGUUUUAACACGUGGCCUCAUCCCCUUCCCUCUACAAUCUGAACUACUCGUCCACAUACGAGCGCCACUUACUCACCCAGGCACUCCUCACAAAGAAAAGCACUGUUUACAACUCAGACCGGAGUAUAUGUGUGCAUGCAGAGGGAUCUUUGCUGUCACGUGACUUCACAGAGCCUACAAGGAAAAGAAACUUCCGAAGCUCUGGAAUGAAACGUCUACUCACCUUUAAUCACAUCACACAAUAUGCACACAAGUGGCUUCCUGUUGCGACAACCACCUGAAUCACUGUGGAAUGGACCAGGGUGAUCCACAAGGAAUAGUUUUUAGAAUGAAUCUUUAUCUUGUUGUUUGGAUUAAAAACUAUUCCACAGAUGGAUGUUUUCGAAAACUGUUUCAAAAGGAAACGGUCACCGCACAAUACAUAGUUUCCCAUGUCUCCCUCUCCCAUAAUUAUAAACCGUAUACAAAGACAAUCAAAUAUUGACUGUGCCACGCACCGACUAGACUCUUUUGGACUUUUGCGGGUCUAGGGCCAGAUAGGCUUUCGGUGCUCAGUGGGGUAGUGAUGCAGCACAGAGUAGAUUUGUUAAUGCUGUUCUCUUUUUUUGAGUAUUUUUUAAGCUAUGUUUACUUGCUCAGUUUUAAAGGAUGAACAGCAAAUGUUUGUGUCUCGAUUUGGGUGCGUUCUGUCUGACCACAAAAUAUUUUGUCAUUCUCUCUUGUAAGACAAAUCAGACAGUUUAUGGGUUGGUUGGAUGAUGUUGAAAAUUAAACCAUCAGUUAUUAUUGGGUGGUUAAAUUAAAUCACUUCUCCAGCAUAAUUUUAUUUUUCAAACGUGAACCUAUUUGUGUUGGAGCUUGUAUACAGGACCGAAUAGAUUAUAAAUGGAUUUCUACUUCUUUUUUUUUUAUUUAACGUCAUUCAGCUAAUUUGUUUAUCAUCCGUUUCGGACCAGAGUCAGGUGUGAAUAUUUUUUAUAUUCUUUAAAACAGUUCAGACUGUCCAAGUCUUUGCUGCCUAUGCAGGUUAUUUCUCUUCGUGAACUAUAUUUGUGUAAAUGUAUCCAAAUGUAGGUUUAUAAGACAUUUGGUCCUAUUAGAGUUUAAACCUGAAUACUAUUACAUGUGUGUGUAUGUGUGAUUACUCAUUACUGAAAGUACAAUGCCCUAUCUCUUAUAUGAUGUCACCCCGAAACCCAGGAACAUCAUCUUUAUUUUUCAAGAAAUGAUUUCAGUGUAUUUAUGUACAACAUGUGUACAGAAAUAAAAUACGCCCAAAUGA